AUGAUUAAUAUUCUGUCCAGUGAGCUUAACACAUCAGUUCAUUCACUGUGUUUGUUUUCUCCUUGUGCGAGCGACAUUACACUCAGCGAAUAUGAAAUAUUUGAGACAAUAGGUACGUGUGUUUGCAGAGAGGCUGGUCGGACACUGGACCUGGACAAGGCGACUGCAGGCGGGCACACAGCUCGCCAGCUCGCUCAGAAGGUGUUCCCGGACGUUAGCCUCCCAGGUGCAGGGCUGCCACAAGACGACGCUGUGGAAGAGCUGCUGUCUGCGCUGAGUGAGGGCGAGUCGGCGCGCUACAGACAGCUGUUGGUGGCAGCUGCCGCAUGGGGGUUCGACGCCAACCUUUGGCUGGACGAGCCCUUGGGCAUGCGCCUGUUGGAAGCCGCCUGCCGCCUGCCCACUCACCGUUCCGCGCCAGACUUCGUACGCGUUACACUUGCCGCUGGCGCCGAUCCCAACGCCAUCAAUCUUAAGACUCACAGAACGGCUCUCCAUGUGGCAGCAGAAGAGGGGAACGUGGCCGUUCUGGACUGCCUUCUGGAAGACGAGUCGGUGGACAUCAACGUGCAAGACCGUAAUGGCGUAACGCCGCUGAUGCUGGCCGUGGAGGCGGCGGAGUUGGACUGCGUCGAGAGACUGCUGGCGCGUAGCGACCUGGAGGCCGGCAAAGUGGACGCGCGCGGUCGCACCGUGCUGCACUAUGCAGCGCUCGCCGCACCCACCGACGACGGCGUCGACUGCCUGCGUCAGCUGCUGGAGAGGCGUGACCUGCACCCGGCAGUCCCUGACGCAGAGGGCCACAAGCCGGCAGACGUGGCCGCCGAUCUCCAGGUGCGCCAAAUGCUGGAGGAGGCGUGUUCUCGACGGUCGCCGCCUCUCCUUGUCCGCCAGAAACGAUCCAUGCUGAUUUCACAGCAAACUUCCCCGUGGCAACGCUAUUUCGAUCUCCUGGUCAUUGGCGACUACGAAUCAUUCAUAAAAGACAUCGACGAGCUAGGCGAAGAGGGGAGAGAGAUUUUGGACAACAAGAGCGGGCAGUACACACUACUGCAAUUCGCUGUUAUCAGAGGACAGUGCGAGGUGGUCAAAGCUUUGCUCGAUAAGGGUGCUGACCCCAACUGUAUCGGCGUCUCCGACAAGCACGCUAGCCCGCCCCUGGUGAUGGCCUCGUUUAUAGCGUCUAAAGGAAAAGACAGCGUCGCUAAAAAAAUGAUAACACUGCUGCUACAGACAGAAAGGACCGACGUCAACGCCAGCAACGUCCAAGGGUACACAGCGCUGCAUUUCGCGUCCAGGAACGCCGAUCUGAAUACGGUUGUUGAGCUCCUCAACCGCGGUGCCAAUAUGAGAGCAAAGAGCUCCUUUGGCGAGUAUCCGCUCAGUGCUGCGAACGUCGAUGCGCUACUCAACAACAGUCUCAGUUCUACCGACAACUGCUUGCCGACUCAUCUCCAGUACGUCAUAAAAUUCGACUUCAGUCUGCUGCUCACCGAUGUCAGGUCAUCAGUUCCUACGCCAUUUGCUAAAAUAUUUCACAGGGACAUUAAAGAUCCAGAGAAAGCGCUUCUUGAGUCUGAGAAACGCAUAGGUGCCCCAACACGUCGCUUGUAUUCUGAAAUGCGUUUCCUGCGUUUCUUAAGCCACUCAGAAGGACAUGAAGUUCUACACCACCCAGUAAUCAAAGCAUUCCUACACUUGAAGUAUAAGCGAAUAACGUGGCUAUUGAGGCUGAACUUCAUCUUGUACUUCACAUACGUGCUUGUUUUUAGUUCAUUCAUAUGGGUGCAGUAUAGUAACACGGAGAAGCGCGGCACCACUGCAUGGAUCGUCUUGAAUGUGUUAACGUGUGUUAGCUUGGUACCAAUCGCAGUAAGAGAAAUCUUUCAAAUGUUUCACCCGAAAUCGUACUUCAGAAACGUUCAAAACUACAAAGAUAUGUUAAUGCUCUCUGGCACAGUAUUCACCCUAAUUUUCACUCCCCAGAAUGGUAUUGGUAUGUGGUGGACAACCCUAACGAUAAUUCUCUCGUGGUUUGAACUGUUAUGGCUUUGUGGCCGUUUCCAAACACACGCAAUGUAUGUCGAGAUGUUCAGAACAGUUUUGCGAAAUUAUACUUACUUCUUCACCAUAUUUUCUUUGAUCAUCUUAGGAUUCUCGUUCUCUUUCUACGUGGUGUUCUCCUCAGACAGAACUACAAUUCCCAGCAACGACACGACGGUCGACACUGUACAUUACUUCUCCCACCCCCUGUUCGCUUUAUUCAAAAUAGUCAAUAUGAUGGCUGGAGACAUGGCCCCAGACAUCACUCUCAAUUUAGACGUCGUCCUUGCAUGCUUCGUUGUCACUCUUUUCAUGUUCUUUCUACCAAUCGUUCUUUUAAAUCUGCUGACAGCACUCGCGGUAUCUGAUGAACAAAAGAUAAGAGAAAACGCCGAGAUACUCAGCCUGAAGUCACAGAUCGACUGUCUCUACGAAAUGGAAAAAAUUGCAUCACGUCACUACGAGAUCACUAAAGCACUGAAACUCAAGUUUCUCUAUGAUCGAUUGAGAAAAGUGUGGCUCUUCCGAAAAGGAUCAGAAAAAACGCGGCUGGAAGUCUGGCCUAACAGAGGACAAUUUGGUAAACUGGUAAGUGAGCUGAGCGGUGAAAAAAUAGACACACCUGUGUCCGGCACGAUAGACAUGAGUCUGAUAGAAGAAGCCAAGCAACUGCUGGCAGAACGGCCGAUAUUGUCAGAGAAAGAGGGCUUCGAACAACUCCAUAAACUCGUCGAACAGUUGAAAAUUGUUCAGAUGCAGAUGGAAAACUACAAAGUGGAGCUGGAAAAUGCGAAGAAGCCAAAACGUCUGUAA